AGCUAGACGCACAAGUAAAACAACUUCAUAACGAUAUAAAUACGAUCAAGGAUGUACUUAAAUGCUAUGUGCUAGAUACGUCUUACUUAGAAGAGGGACCCCAAUGGUUUGCCGAUACUCGAGCUAAAAUACGUGGUAUCUUUGUAAGACUGUGUUCAUGCUGUAGAAGAAGAAGAUAA